AAAAAAAAAAAAUGAACCAAGAUACCACUGUAAAAGUAUCGCGUCAGCUAGAGACAAAGGCACUUUCCAUCUUGAAUGUAAAACAUCCUCUUGAUUCACCUGAUUUUGAUUGCACUGAGUAUAUUAAUAAACUAUUUCCUACAGAAAAGUCACUUGCUUCUGUUGAUGGAGUACUUGAAAAGUUAGAGACAAAGAUGACCGAGAUGAGUCGAGAAACAGAACGUCUUACAGACACACAGUUUGAUAAAGAUGCUUCUGAAGGCAAUAAAGACUUGAACAAGGCAAAACAAGCUAUCCAGGUAGAUGUGUAUAUCACAGAACUCUUCAAGAAGAUUCAAGAUAUCAAAUUAAAAGCAGCACAAUCAGAAUCCAUGGUACAAGAAAUCACACAAGAUGUCAAAUCAUUAGAUUAUGCAAAACGACAUUUAACACACUCAGUGACUGUAUUAAAGCGACUACAGAUGCUUGUCACUGCUGUAGAUCAGUUGGACUCUAUGUCAAGAAAUAAACAGUAUAAAGAGAGUGCUCAAUUGCUUCAAGCUGUACUUCAAUUAAUGCAACAUUUCAAAUCAUUCAAAAGUGUGCCUCAAAUUGCACAAUUGUCUGAUAGAAUAGCUAAUUUAAAAAAUGAGUUAGAAAAUUGUGUUGUUAGUGAAUUAGAAAAUGGAUUUAAUCAAGAGGGUCAAUUGGUUGGACAGCCUUGGAUUCUGCAUGACGCAUGUCUAGUGGCGAAUGUCUUGGGUGAUCAAACAAGAGAAAAGAUUAUCAAACGCUAUGUUGAUCUUCAAUUAGUGAAUUAUAGACAGAUAUUUAGACUUCAUGAAGAAGUUGCUCAAUUAGACAAUGUCUCUCGACGUUAUGCUUUCUUGAAGCGUAUCUUAAAAGUAUGUGAUGAUGAACAUGUAGACAUAUUUCCAUCUACUUGGGCAGUGAGUGGAAGAGUAGGCAGCAAGUUUUGUGACUAUACAAAGUCUGAUUUAGACUUGAUCAUGAAGAAUGAACUACCUGAUGUCAAAGACCUUUUACGUGCUCUACAGCUGACUAUUGAAUUUGAAGGUCAAUUGACAAAGCGAUAUCAAAAAGACGAAAACACAUUCAAUUUCGAGAAAAAGAUAUCAGCUGCCUUUCAGCCCUAUUUAUACAUUUAUAUCAAUGCGGAAGAUGCAACAAUUGCUUCCAUGAUUGACUCGUAUGGUCAAUCGGAUGCUAAAGCAGAGGAAGAAGAUGAUGGCAGUAUGGCAGUCUUGCCUUCAAGUACAGAUCUAUUUUAUUUCUAUCGAGAAACAUUGACACAGACAUCCAAGUUUUCGACUGGAAAAGCAUUGUUUGAUUUAUGCCAAUUGUUUGCUAAGCACUUGGAUUCUUACUGCAGUCAGAUUUUAUUGGGUGGAUUAGCAAGACAUGAAAAGAAGCCUGUCUCUUUGUCUCAUUUCCGCUUUGCCAGUCUAGCACUAAACACAGCUGAUUAUUGCUGUAUCACAUCUUCACAAUUAGAAGAAAAACUAAAAGAAACAGUCGAUGAUGAGUAUGCUGACAAAGUCAAUUUUGAAGCUGUCAAAGAGAACUUUAUGAGGGCUAUUUCUUCUUGCAUAGAUGCCAUCAUCAAGAAUUUGGAACGAUCCAUUGAGCUACAAAUGACACAAAUGACAAAACUUGCCUGGGGAACAAUGGAUACGGUUGGAGAUCAAUCUGAUUAUGUCAGCCAAAUGCUGGACAUCAUCAAAAGAAACAUCACUGUGGUUGGAAAAAUCAUUGCCAAUCGACGUUAUUACAGAACAUUCAAUGACAGAUUUGCAGAGAUCUUUAUCACUAAAUAUCUAAUACAAAUAUUCAAAUGCAAGCCUAUAUCUGAGAUAGGUGCAGAACAGUUACUGUUAGACACACACUCUAUCAAGACAUUUUUGCUGGAUAUCCCAUCCAUAGAAGGAAACACAGUCCUACCUAAUGCGUACAGCCGCAUUGUGAAUAAAGGCAUUGCCAAGGUUGAAGCCAUUCUCAAGACAGCCAUGUCUCCUAUAGAACCUGCUGAAGGUUAUGUCGAGAAUUAUCUAUUGCUUAUUGGUGAUAAGCAUGUUGGCAAUUUCACUCGACUACUCGAUCUCAAGGGUAUCAAGAAACAGGACCAAAAUUCACUGAUAGACAUGUUCCAUAAGAGACUUGCAUAUCAUGAUAAUCUUGUAGAAAACUCCAGAUUUGUACCAGCAGAAUCUCUGGUCUCUAUGCCUUCAUCUAGUGUUACGGCAGCUAUACCAUCUUCUAUUACGACAUCGCUAACAACUAUGGCAUCUACAGCUGCUUCUAACUUUAACAAAUCGUCUAACAGCAGUCUGUCUCCUACAAUGGCUUCACCAACAGAAAAUGGAGGAACUCGAGGCAGAUUGAAUGAAAACUUUAGAAAAUUAGUCAUGACAGGCAUGGCUUUUCGAAAAGAUUUGCAGGAGCGACGAGACCAUUCUUGAAUAAUAAACUGAGCAUGAUGACGCUACUGAAAUCUUAAAAAACUUGUCUUUGCGCACCCAAAAAAAAAGCCUUUUAGUUCAUCCAUAGCCAAACGGAAAACACAAUUACUUAUUUGCGCGCGAUAUUUAUUUGCAUAAACAUGAAAAAUGAUAGGAGGGGGGGAUUGAAACGUCAAGCAUUCGAUAUGAAUAAUAAACCAAGACAUGACUAAUAAGACAAAUAAGCACCAAAUCUCAUUCAGGAUUAGCAUCGAUCAUUGUGCCUGAUUAUACAAUGCAUCAACCCAGGUUUCUACAGAUACUGUGAUAAUUGUUGAAUUGACUUUAUGGUCAUUAUGUACUUUCAAGAUAGUCGAAAAAGAAAGAACCUUCUUUUUUUUUUUGUUCUU